AUGGUCAAAAGUGGUGAUGUGGCUUUGUUUCAGAGUGUAACAGAUGUAUGCACGGUAGAGGAAAUCUCUGAAGAAAGAGGUCCAGAACCUCCAUCCUCUAGGCGAGGGGGGUUCUCUUCCCCGGGAGCUUUUGCCCUUUGCAAACUCCCCCAGCGCGUGUGCUCGAGCAAGGAGCCCGGGCUGCGUUUGCUUCCCACCCCCGCCGGGAGAGGGAGGAACUUUGAACCGUGCGAGGGUUGCGCUGGAGAUGCUGGCGCGGAGGGGCUUGUGAAGGGAAACCCCCGGGGCUGCGGGGGGAGGAUUCAGCCUUUGCGGAGCUGCCUGGUGCAAGGGAAGCUGCGGCUGCUGCGCCUCUGGCUUGCUGAGGUGUCCACACGCGGACUUGAACCUGGGAGGAUGGAGAAGAAAAACAUGGAUCAUUACCUGCGGCGUCUGAAGCAGGAGCUGUUAUCCAUGAAGGAGGUUGGAGACGGGCUGCAUGAACAGAUGAACUACAUGAUGGGUGCCCUGCAAGAGUUGAAACUCCUCCAGGUCCAGACAGCUUUGGAGCAGUUGGAGAUUUCAGAGACUCGAAACAAGGUUUCAGGCAUUGGCCCGCACCAGUGCUGUCGAAAUGGCAGAGAGGUGCCCAGAGCCAGCAGGCAGAACGAGAGGUUGCUGGGAAGGAGAUCUUUGGAGGAGUGCAGCCCCAUGGCGUUUGCACACUCCACCCAGGUGCCACAAUCUGCCAGCCGGUUUGGCCCCAUGACUUUACUGGACAGUAGCCACCACAGACAGGUGGCUUAUAGCAAAGACUGUUAUCCUACGAGCAGACCUUCUUCAGCUCUGACCACGGCAGAAUACUGCCCGCCAAGGAAACUUGAGUCAGCCAGCUUGGGCACAACUGGGAACCAGCUUCAUAGAGAGUCAGACAGCAUCCCUCAGACUUUGGGUGGGAGUAAAUUGGGAUGCAAAGAAUGCCAGGUUUCUGAUGAGGCCAAUGACUGGACUUCCUCGCUAAUGUCUCAGAGCAGGAACCGGCAGCCUCUGGUUUUAGGGGAUAAUAUUUUUGCAGAUUUGGUUGGGAACUGGUUGGAUCUGCCAGAGCUGGAUAAAAAGGGGGAGAAGAAUGAGACUUCCCUGUCCAUCAGCAGGUCUCAGGAGUUCUAUAGGAAGUUUUCCCUCACGGCCAACAUCUUCAAAAAGUUCUUGAGGAGUGUACGGCCGGACCGAGAUAGGCUCCUCAAGGAAAAACCAUGUUGGCUUGCGGCAGAAGACAGAGAGACUGAAAUUUCAAAGAGAUCCAAAAAGGUGAGCAAACAGAAGGGGACAUUUUACUUCCCUCUCCAUGUGAACCUACAGAAUGCUCACAGCAAAAUGGAGAGGUGCCCAAAGGCAGAAGCUAGUAGUGACAAAUCCAAGAAUUGUGCCAAGAAGGUCCAUGGCACCACAGACCACACCCAGUCAGGCUUUGAUAUGAAUACAGCCGUAUGGGUCUAAGUGCCUAUAAGCAUCUCCUCUGCCAAAUGGCUCUGCUUCAUGCUAGGGAUGAGCUGGAGCACAUACAUGCCUGUACAUGAUAUACCCCAAAGGCCUGCCCCACACUAGGUUGGAGGAAACAGUGUAUUCGGUAGCCUAGCAGUGCUGUGGGCAGCAGCCCGCCAAGCCCAGCUUCUAAGAGACCUGCAUCUUCUGGGGAAAGAUGAAGACAGAACAGCAGCUGAAUCAGGACUGUAUGCAGAAGUUUUCCAGAGCUGGUGCUUGGGAGAAUUACCAG